AUGGUGGUCAGCAUGGUGACUACGGUGCGAGAAUGGCUAGCUGUUGUCUCAGACACGAUAAAUAGCCAAAACAUCGAAGUUUCUGUAGGAAUGUUUGUACAGAGCUUAAGCAGCAUCAGCGAGCUGGAAAUGCAAUAUACGGUGAACAUCUACUUCCGUCUGUCCUGGAUAGACCCACGCCUAAUCUACAACCAUACAGCUGAGUACUUGAGUGUGGAUGCUUUCUGGAUGACAAAACUCUGGCUGCCUGAUCCCUACUUCAUCAACAGCAAAGAGGAGCAUUUCCACACCGUCACCGUGCCAAAUAUCCUGCUGAGAGUCUACCCUGACGGCAUGAUUAUGUAUAGCCAAAGGUUGAGCCUAACCCUGGCCUGUAACAUGGAGUUAAGUCAGUUUCCCAUGGAUACCCAGGUGUGCGAUAUCCAAAUCAUGAGCUACGCCUUCACGACUGAGGACAUUGUUCUCAAAUGGAUGGACGUGGACAUGAACGAAGACGUGGAACUUCCGGAGUUUGACGUGUCUAAACACAUGGAAAAGGGAGACUGUACCGAGGUGCACGUGACAGGUAAUGUGACAGGUACUUUCAGCUGUUUGAUUGGCAAAUUUACUCUGACAAGGCGCUUGUCCUAUUACAUGGUCCAGACCUACGUCCCCAGCAUACUUAUCGUGGUUCUGUCCUGGGUCAACUUUUGGCUGGAUGCCAACGCUACUCCAGCGCGUGUCUCCUUGGGUCUUCUCUGCGUGCUCACCAUGACAACACAGAAUUCGGGAAUAAUUUCCACUCUCCCAAGGGUCUCUUACGUGAAGUCUAUCGAUGUCUGGUCGUCUGCUUGUCUCGUUUUUGUCUUUGGAGCAUUAGUUGAAUUUGCAUUUGUGAAUGUCCAAAGUCGAAAAAAGGAAGUCCUUGACAGAAAAUUAACGGCUAAGGGACGGGCUCAUCGCUCGAUAAUGACCCUAGCCAGCGCCGCCGUGGACAGAGAUGUAGAGGACCCCGAGAAGGCGUCUCGCUGUUCCCGUCAUGCACUUCUGCUGACCGCUGAGAGAAUCGACUUUGUCUCACGAAUAAUUUUUCCGUUCACUUUCUUAAUUUUUAACCUCAUUUACUGGCAGUAUUAUUUAUAG